AACUUUCUGGUUACACGUCGCCAGCUUGCGCGUUCAGGCUCCCCGUCGAAUACUGGUACGAUCGUCAAACCUAUCAUUCUGUCCUUCAGUACUAGUAUCCCAGCGAUCGUGUUCAGUUAAUAAAAGUCCUGUUCUUCUUAUCUUCCAACUUUAUCCCCUACCCGUCGACUCUCGUUGCUCACGGUUUCCUUUGUUGGCGGACAAUUCAUUGUGUCUUUCGCCAACCCGCCGCAACCGCCUCCGACGUCAGCCUCAUGUGUUAAGCAACUUGAUCAUCCACAGGAUACGCCCCCGCGGUUCCUGCUGCCAUCCGGGCACGUUUAAGGAGACACACGCAGUGCUGGCCACCGGUCGUUUUGGACGUUGACCUUGUCCAUCUCUUCUCUGGACACCUACCGCGUCCGCCAGUAAAACCGAAACAGCCGACAUAAACUCUCUAUGAUGGCUGCGGGCUCAACGCGGUACCUCCGGUACAUAUUGUUUGCCGCAUUCGGCAUCGCCAUUCUCUAUUUCAUCUCAACCUCAUCCUUACCCUCGUACACGCAACCUCUCACCUCAGGAGGUAAACUCUCCUGGGAUUCGCCAAAAGAUGAAAAGACCUCCCCUAAUCCCAACGACAUUUCAGACGCGUUCUCCACGCCGAAAUCGUCGUCUUCGAACUCCGGCAGCGGCAAAACACUGCAAGACUUGACACCGAAUGUCAGCCCCGUGACGCCCUCCGAACUCUCGCCGCCGGCUCCCGGCGAACGUGUGAAUGCAACAUUUGUCACGUUGGCCAGAAACUCGGAUAUCUGGGAGAUUGCUCGCUCCAUUCGACAAGUGGAGGACAGGUUCAACCGAAACUACAACUACGACUGGGUCUUUUUGAAUGAUAAACCGUUUGAUGACCAAUUCAAGAAAGUCACCACUUCGCUGGUGUCCGGAAAGACACAUUACGGCGAAAUCCCAGAGGAGCACUGGUCUUUCCCUCCGUGGAUUGAUACCAAGAAGGCCGAGGCGGUCCGAGAGGACAUGCGUCGCCGAAAGAUCAUCUACGGCGACUCCGUCAGUUACCGUCACAUGUGUCGGUUUGAAUCAGGGUUCUUCUUCCGUCACCCACUGAUGCAACAAUUUGAGUACUACUGGAGAGUCGAACCGAGCGUCGAACUCUUCUGUGAUAUUCACUACGACCCUUUCCGUUACAUGAAGGACAAUAAGAAGAGGUACAGCUUUGUGCUCAGUCUGUACGAAUACGUCGAAACCAUCCCGACACUUUGGGACAGUGUCAAGAAGUUCAUGAAGAACCAUCCAGAGCAUAUCGCAGAGGACAAUUCUUUGGCUUUCCUGAGUGAUGACGGUGGUGAGACGUACAACAAGUGCCAUUUUUGGUCCAACUUCGAAAUUGGCAACCUUGACUGGCUCCGGUCCCAACCCUACAUCGACUUCUUCGAGUCUCUAGACAAGGACGGCGGUUUCUUCUAUGAACGAUGGGGUGAUGCUCCCGUGCACUCUAUCGGAGCCGGUCUCCUCCUCCGCAAGGACGAAAUCCACUUCUUCAACGAUAUUGCCUACUACCACGUCCCUUUUACUCACUGUCCUACCGGGGAGGAUCUUCGGCUGAAACUGAAAUGCCACUGCAACCCUGCGGACAACUUUGAUUGGAAGGGUUACAGUUGCACAUCGCGCUACUUUGACCUAAACAACAUCCAAAAGCCUGAGGGUUGGAUGGAUCAAGUAUGACUGACCGGAGGAAAAAUCGGCGUUGAUGUUGAUCUGGUCUGGGAGAUAAUGAAGUACGGUUGUCUCACAUUCGUCAUUGGUUUGGGCGUUCUGGUCUUGUUGAUGAAAAUUCCCAAAACGAGACAUCGGAUUCUUGCUGCCGCGGAUCGAUUGGCUGACUGGCAUGAGAAAGGCGUGCGCAGGGAUGAUGAUGAUGAUUAGAAUUUGGCUGCAGUGGCAAAGCGUCCUAGCUGCCUGACAUCGACGGUACAACUGUCCCUCGCCAUCAUGAGGAAGAAAUCCGACUUUACAAAAAUGCACUUGGGGUGUAAUGUCUUAGCGAACAGGAGUUAGCUUGGAUGAGAGAGAGACUGCGCGUCCCCGGCUGUGCACGAGGUCCCUAGGUACUUUGCAUUGCCGUGGACAGUCUGCAGCACCAAAUCCGAAUGUACUGUACAGAACAAUUCCAUCAGAUCCCACGACAUGGAGGUCAGUGGAGACGAGCCGAAACUGAAGCAGGUUCCCGCUGUGCUGGCUUGGAUGGCCGCAUUUGAAUGAGGAAGAUAGCUCGCACUGCAGACGCGACAGACUCCGUUUCUGUAGCAUUGCAAUCAUCAUACUGCCGACUCCAAUUGUCCCGCUGAUCUGCUUGAGCUCAUGCCCAGGGGGCGGCAUAUUGUGAAACACCUCUUCUUCCGGCAAAGACAAGACUCGUGUUAUGCUACUUCAGUCAAGACUCAUUGCUCAUCGGGUCUCUGACACUGGUAGUUGAGAAGGUCUCUCAGAUGCAUUGAGCAGAUUCAUCUUCUAGCGCUAGCCUGCCGCACUACAUCAAAUAAGUGGGAAAAGGAGUUGCGGCUAGGUACCUUGUCCAUCGUCGAAACCACCAUUACCUACCUAGGUAUACAACAUGUUUUCUUAGAUUUACUUGUUCAACGCCAGCAAGUGAUUCACCACUAUCCAAGUGUCUACGAGGCACUUACUUAAAAAGUAUCCAGAGCUAUAUGGAGACAGUGGGUACAGUAAGGAAACAGUACUUGAAGGGAUUGAUUCCAGUCCGGCAGAAAUGGAAGUCUUUCCUCUAUUGAUUGUACGAUACAUUGACGGAAAUAUUCAUCAGCUCGAGUUUUGCUAGUAGAACCAGAACCAGGACAAGUACAUGAAUGUCCUUCCACUUAGUAGUCCCCUG